AUGCCUCCGAGACAGGACCCAACCAAUGCUCAGCUUGCUCAAGCAAUGGCACAGCUGGCUCAGGUGAUGACCCAGCAGGCUGCCACUGCUGCUGCCCAAGCCGCAGCACAGCUUCAGCGGGAAGCUGAAGAGAACACCAGGAGGGCUGAAGAGGAUGUUAGAAGGGCACAGAGGGCUGAGAGGGAGCUGGCACAGGACCAGAUCCGUAUGAGGACUGACUUCAACCGCCAUGGACCACCCAAGUUCCAAGGCGAAGUUGAACUCGAGAAAGCUGAUCUGUGGAUUCAGGAGAUGGAGAAAAUCUUUGAGGCUCUCCACACUCCUGAUGCUGAGAAGGUGAAAUUGGCGACCUUUAUGCUGAAGGGUGACGCUGAGUACUGGUGGAGGAGUGCCAGACAGUUGAUGACCGCCAACAAUGUGGCCAUCACUUGGGAGUCUUUCAAAAGGGCUUUCAUGGAGAAGUACUUCCCAGAGACUGCCAGGGAAGACAUGGAGAAUCAAUUCCUCAACCUGAGACAGGGGUUGAUGACUGUAGGGGAAUAUGCUGCAAGACUGGAGACCCUGUCCAAACACUUUCGCUUUUUCCAAGUGCAAGUGGAUGAGUCGUACCUAUGCAACCGAUUCAUGAGGGGUUUGAGGAAUGACAUAGAAGAGUCUGUGAGGCCAUUGGGAAUCAGAGUUUUCCAACAGUUGGUAGAGAAAGCUCGUGAAGUGGAGUCGAUGAAGAAUCGCCAGAGAGGCAAGUCCGACAGCGGGGGGCCAAUCAGGACAAGCCGUCAAGAUCAUGCAGGACAUAGAAAAGGGAAACAAUCUCAGGAGAAGCCUUACGAUUACCAGCAAGGCAACAAUCGAGUUACGGGCCAGAACACACCAAAUGGUGCAACCUAUGAAGGUCAGGGUAACCAAGCCCAAGGGAAGGAGGUGACUUGCUUUAAGUGCGGAAAAGUAGGCCACUACGCUAAUGUCUGCAAGGAAGACCAUAGAGUGUGCUUUAACUGCAAUAAGCCAGGGCACGUGGCAAGGGAUUGCAAGGCACCAAGGGUUGAAGCAGGAGCGACCGUUAAUGCUGCAGGAGGAAAGCGUCCGAUUGAAUGCUGA